CCACUAGAGUAACUGUCAACUGCACAAUCCACAUGGCUCAUACGUUGCAGCUCCUCCUCGUCGCCGGAUUUCUGAUCGCCUGCGCCGCCGCGUCACUCCGCGGAUCGGAUUUCCUCGAGGAAAAUCGUAUCAGACAGGUUGUCGAUGGCAUGCACGAGUUGGAGACCUCUAUACUCGGAAUUGUAGGCAACUCGCGCCGCGCUCAAUCGUUCGCUCGCUUUGCUCGUAGGUACGGGAAGAGGUAUGAGAAUGCUGAGGAGAUUAAGAGAAGGUUCAAGAUCUUCUCAGAGACGUUGAAAAAGAUCAGAGUGCAUAACCAGAAGAAUCUGUCUUACACUUUGGGAAUUAACAAGUUUGCUGAUAUGACUUGGGCUGAGUUCCGCAAGCAUAAGUUGGGAGAACCUCAAGAGUUUGACUGCAGCGAUUCAAGAAAAGGCAAUCACAAGCUAACUCACGAAAACCUUCCUGAAUCGGUAGACUGGAGGAACUCUGGCAUCAUCGGCCCUGUCAAAGAUCAAGGUCACUGCGGAUCUUGCUGGGCUUUCAGCGCAACGGGAGCACUUGAGGCUGCAUAUGCUCAAGCAUAUGGUGUGAACAUUUCUCUGUCGGAGCAACAGCUCGUUGAUUGCGCUGGAGCAUUCAACAACUUUGGUUGCAAUGGCGGAUUGCCUUCUCAAGCCUUUGAAUACAUAAAAGACAACGGUGGGAUCGACACUGAAAGUUCAUAUCCCUACACGGCAGAGGAUGGCAUUUGCCAAUACAAACCCGAAAAUGCUGUAGUUAAAGUACAGGACUCCGUCAAAAUCACUAUGUACGCCGAGGACGAACUCAAGAAUGCAGUGGCAUUAGUUCGUCCGGUCACCGUGGCUUUUGAGGUUGUUGACGACUUCCGUUCAUACAAAAGCGGCGUUUACACCAGCGAUGAAUGCUUCGCCGAACCGUGGGAUGUGAACCAUGCUGUUCUUGCGGUUGGCUAUGGAGUCGAAGACGGCGUCCCGUAUUGGCUGAUCAAGAACUCGUGGGGCGACGAUUGGGGCGAUAACGGCUACUUCAAGAUAGAGAUGGGCGAGAACAUGUGUGGCGUCGCCACCUGUGCAUCGUACCCGAUUAUCGCGUAGUCGGCGGCGGCGGCGGCGGCAUGUUGCUGGAGAACUUGAUGCAUAUGUAUCUAUCUAUGUAUGGUUGUAAUAAAGGUGAAGAAGAACCAGGCAGGUAUUGGUAUGGUACGUUCUAUGUUGUCCCUUCUUCUUCAUGCAUUAUUAGCUUGGAAUAAUUCCUGUAUCAUUUUAAUGAUAAUUAAUUAUUGAGGAAUUAAUAUUAUGUUUAACUUGAA